CUCGCCACCGCCCUCUCGGAAGCACGUGCGCUUGCGUCAUUUCCUGUUAUUCUCUUUGCUCCCUCCUCCGUGCGCCGCGGGUUCGCUCCGGACCGGCUGGUGGGGCGCGUCUACUUCCUCCUCCCUCGGGCGCCUGAAGCCCAGAGAGGGGAAGCCACUUCCUGAACUGAGGAGUGACAGAGUCCGAUCUCAAAUCCCUGCUCUUCCCAAAGCAUGAUGCCUUCAGCAAAGGAGAGCCAGAAGGAUGAGAAUUAUUUUGGGAGAUGAAUACCAGCUUUGGUUGAAGGAAUAAGAACAGAAGAGAAGUUAAAGGAGUUGAAACCACAGGUGAAGCACCCAGGUGUCUGUGCUGCCCUUCCCUGGCAGGAAGGGCCUGCAACUCCUGUUGAUUCAUCACACUGUGCCCGUGCCCAGACCUUCCAACAAAGUAUCCGUGAACAGAUGGCCGCAGCAUGGGGGCAGUGAGGCCCAGACCUUUGAGGACGGACGAUGCUGGUAACACUUGAGAGCGUUCUACAGCUUCCAGAGGUGCGGCUGGUGAUUGCAGAGAAGGGCCUGGCAUGUGAGGAGCGGGACGUGAGCCUGCCACAGAGCGAGCACAAGGAGCCCUGGUUCAUGCGGCUCAACCUGGGUGAGGAGGUGCCCGUCAUCAUCCAUCGUGACAACAUCAUCAGUGACUACGACCAGAUCAUCGACUACGUGGAGCGCACCUUCACAGGAGAGCACGUGGUAUCCCUGAUGCCUGAGGCGGGCAGCCCACAGCAUGCACGGGUGCUGCAGUACCGCGAGCUGCUGGACUCACUGCCCAUGGACGCCUACACACACGGCUGCAUCCUGCACCCCGAGCUCACCACCGACUCCAUGAUCCCCAAGUACGCUACGGCUGAGAUCCGCAGACAUUUAGCCAACGCCACCACGGACCUCAUGAAACUGGACCAUGAAGAGGAGCCCCAGCUCUCUGAGCCCUAUCUUUCUAAACAGAAGAAGCUCAUGGCCAAGAUCCUGGAGCAUGAUGAUGUGAGUUACCUGAAGAAGAUCCUUGGGGAGCUGGCCAUGGUGCUGGACCAGAUAGAAGCCGAGCUGGAGAAGAGGAAGCUUGAGAAUGAGGGACAGAAAUGUGAGCUGUGGCUCUGCGGCUGUGCCUUCACUCUCGCUGACGUCCUUCUGGGAGCCACCCUGCACCGCCUCAAGUUCCUGGGACUGUCCAAGAAAUACUGGGAGGACGGCAGCCGGCCCAACCUGCAGUCCUUCUUUGAGAGGGUCCAGAAGCGCUUUGCCUUCCGGAAAGUUCUCGGCGACAUUCAUACCACUCUGCUCUCGGCCGUCAUCCCCAAUGCGUUCCGGCUGGUCAAGCGGAAACCGCCAUCUUUCUUUGGGGCCUCCUUCCUCAUGGGCUCCCUGGGCGGGAUGGGCUAUUUUGCCUACUGGUACCUCAAGAAAAAAUACAUCUAGAGCUGAGCCAGGCCUGGGCUUGGUGUCUGAC